CUACCUCGUGGUCCAUUCCUUGCCAGCGUAGCGCGUGGAUGGGCGCCUGACCCUCCUGUAGGCCCCGACGUCAGUGGCUUGUUGACUGGGUCUUGGCUGCCCUGGCCGUCAUCCUCUGUAACCGGCUCGGUGAUGCUAACAGACUGCUCUGACAACCUACACAGAAUUACAACGAGGUUUAGCAUGCCGCAGCGCUCUGUCUCCCGAAGUCGCGAGUGGCCAAACCCAUCCAUAUAAAGCAUCCGAGCCGGAGCUGUGAGCAUCUACCUAGCGCUAGUGUAGAUUUUCCUUGCGCCACACAGCUGACAGCUCCCACGGAGGCUGGGCACACGGGAAUAGGGAGGAGGUGCGCACGACCGCCGGCACCGACCAUGCCGGAGCCUGCCCCGGUGAUCAGGCGGAUCCGCAAGGAGCUGAAACAGCUCUGGAUGGACCCGGCGGCGUUCUGCCGGCCCGGCGCGACGCCCGUGACGGACCUGUUUCACUGGGAGGUGAUCAUCGACGGCCCCCACGACAGCCCCUACGCCGGCGGCACGUUCCCCGUCGACGUCGCCUACCCCAAGGACUACCCCUUCAAGCCCAUCAAGCUCACCUUCAAAACCAAGAUGGCGCUGGACAUCUUCGGGAGGGGGUGGUGGCCUAAUCUCACGAUAAGGACAGUCCUCCUGUCCGUCGUCUCCGUCCUCUACGACCCCCUGCUCGACCUCCCCGUCCGCCACGACGCCGCCCGGCUGUACAAGCGCGAGCGGGGUCUCUAUGAUGAGAAGGCCAGGCGCUGGACCCGCAGGUACGCCUCGGCGCCGGUCGUCUCCUUCUAUCCGGCGGGGAUGGAGCUGUUCGAGGAGCUGCUGGAUGAGGCGGCGAUUAGUGGGGCAGUGGCACGCCGUCGUUCUUGCGGAGCAGGGAAAUGGCGUUUCUUCGGGGGCCGCCUCCUCGGCGCCAUCUAGUACGUGCAUGUGUUCAGUCAUGCUCAUGCAUGCACCGCGAUGAUGCUGGAUAAGACUACUGAGCACAAGUUAAGUUCACCGGAAGAAUGCUUGGGCGAUGUCCAUUGAGUAUCUAGUAGUAAUUCGUAAUUUGUAUGGAGUGGGUUGUCUCAAUUACUAGUCAUGUUUGGUGAUCUAUAAUAUGAUCCUUAUUUUAUGGA